AUGGCGAGCUUCGCACUUACCAUUUUAGGAGCCUCAGGAGGCCCUCUCGACGGUGGUAAUCAGGGCGUUCUUCUUUCAGAACCUGGGAGUUUCCCAGGCAAAAGUUACAUAUGCAUAGAUGCAGGAUCAGGCCUGCGACAGAUAGCGAGGAUGUUGGUCAACCGAAAAGGAAACACCGCAGCGGGCGAAAGUUGCUGGAACGACCCGGUAGAGAGUUUUUACGAAAGGCUCGAGGAGCCCCUGUACAACUUUAUCGAUCCUGGAUCAAAUAUAGUCCGUGGUUUGGGCCCGCACGAUACAUUGCAAUCUAAUGAAACGGUAAUGAAUGGAGCACUGCGCAUCUUCAACAACAUGAAAGAGUACUAUAUCACACAUCCUCAUUUGGAUCAUAUCGCUGCAUUGGUCAUAAAUUCGCCCGCAUGUUUCGCUACAGAGAAAGUUCUUUGGGGGCUACGCACAACUACAGAGGCUUUAACAAAACAUGUCUUCAAUGAUGUUCUGUGGCCCAACCUGUUUGCUCAAAACAAAAUGCGCCUACAGCUAAACACACUAGACGAGUAUCAAUCGCACGAGGUGAGAUCCAUACCCAAUUGGAUCAUUACUCCACUGCGUGUCAGCCACGGAACAACGGUGGAAAGCCAGCUUCCGUGUUCAAGCACGAUUUACCUGGUCCGGAAUAAAACUACGAACAACGCAGUUGCCAUUUGCGGUGAUUUAGAGUCUGAUGUUAUUUCCCGCAAACGAUGGGUGGCUAACGCUUGGAAAUAUAUCUGCACAACCGUAACUUUGCAGCAGCUAAAAUGCAUUCUAAUCGAGUGUUCGUGCUCUAACGCGACCAAGGACGAGCAUCUCUACGGGCAUCUUUCUCCAAACUACCUGAUACACGAGCUGAAACAGUUAAGCAGGGCUUAUGGAAAUAAACCGCUGGACGGCCUUCAAGUCAUUAUAAUGCAUGUGAAGAUGUCCGCGGGCAUGCGAGAUCCACGCCUGGUCAUUUUACAAGAAAUAAGGGAGCUGGCUGCGGCUCAGGAGCUGGGCGAUGUGCGCUUUUCCAUUGCUGUACAGGGGUACACAUUUGUAUUAUAA